AUGAGUAAAAAGUCUGAAAAGAAAAAACAAGAAAAGAUUAUUGAAGACAGAACUUUUGGCCUAAAAAAUAAAAACAAAAGCAAACAAGUCUAAAAUUUUUGUAAAGGAGUAGCACAAUAAGUGAAGCAUAGCGGAGUUUCUUUGUCAAAAUUAUAAUCAGAGGAAUAUGAAAGAAAAAAAAUUGAGAGGCAAUUGGAAGAGGAAGACAGAUUAAUGCAAUCACUAUAUAAAACAGUCGAAAAAGUAAAGGAGGAAGAAUCUGAAGAGGAAGUGGACCCAAAAUCAAUUUUAUGUGAAUAUUACAAAUAAGGUCUGUGUUAGAAGGGUAAGAAAUGUAUGUAUUCUCAUGAUAUGAGUUUGGAAUAAAAAACUGCAAUGCUUGAUUUAUAUACUGAUUAGAGGGAAUAAAUGGGUGAUGAAUGGGACUCCUGCUAAAAUUGGGAUGAGAAGACUUUGAAGGAUAUCGUUGAGGCUAAUGAGAAGACAUAUAAAAGUCAAAUUCCAUCAGCAAAAGUCUGUGAUUAUUUCUUAGACGCCUUGGAGAAAGGUAAAUACGGAUGGAGAUGGGUGUGUCCCAAUGGGAUGACCUGCCAUUAUAAGCAUUGCCUACCUUAAGGAUAUGUAUUUAGAAAGAAAGAAGAGUCAAAACAAAAACAAGAAGGUGAUCUAGAAGAAGAAAUAGAUGAAUAAAUUUCAUAAUUAUAAAAGGGAGGAACUAAAAUAACUAAAGAAGUUUUUGAAAAAUGGAAACAAGAGAGAGCUGAAAAAAAAAAAUUAGAAGCGGAAAAAUAAAAAAUAGAAGAAUAGAAGAAAAAAGGUGCCAAAUAAACUGGAGGUAAUUCUUAAAUGACAGGAAGAGCCUUAUUUGUGUACGACCCAAGUUUAUUCAUCGAUGAUGAUGAGGCAGAGAAAGACUAUGAAAGAGUGGAAUAAAUCGAUGAAAAUGAUGAGGAAGAUGAAUAAGAAAAUAAAUAAUAAUUAUAUGAAGGGGAAGAUAAUUAAUAAUAAGAUGAAGAUGUUGAUUAAUAAUUUAAGUAAUAAUAAUAAUGA